GGCGGGCCCGGGCGGGAGAGCGCUUCCGCUGUGUCCUCACCGCGCCGGUUGCGUCAGCGCCRCUGGGGACUGGGCCCCGCCCUCUUAAAGGGGAAGCUUUAAAGGUGGAAGGGAAGCGGUGCGCUGGAGCGGAGGAUGGGCCAGCCCGUGACGGAUUCCAUGCAUGUCCGCUGCCUGAGCUACGGGCUCAUGARGCGGCUGGCAGAGUUCAUCGACCCGCAGGAAGGGUGGAAGAAACUUGCGGUGGAUAUAACUAACCCGUCYGGUGAAAGCCGAUACAGCCAAAUGCAUAUAAGGAAAUUUGAGGCUUUUGUACAAAUGGGAAAGAGCCCCACGUGCGAAUUGCUUUAUGACUGGGGAACCACAAACUGCACAGUUGCUGAUCUUGUGGAUCUGCUGGUUAGGAAUCAGUUCCUAGCACCAGCACGCCUUUUGCUUCCAGAAGCUGUAAAGAUGCCACAAGAAGUUACAUUACCUCUUUCUUCGCAGGAAACCUUGCCUAUACAUGAGAAACAACUACCUGUACAGGGAAAAGAAGUGGCAUCUGUAAAGUCUGUUUCAGCUCAGAGUACUGAGAAGCAGCAUUCAGAUCCUUCUUACUUAAGAGAAGAAAACAGCAGCUCACAGUCCAGUAACAGAGAUUUCCAUAAUUUUUUGUAUCAUGACUUGGAAAGCAUUACAAAUAAUUUUGAUGCCCGACCAGAAUCUACUGGAGGUAAUAAACUGGGAGAAGGUGGCUUUGGCAUUGUGUUCAAAGGCUACAUCAAUGGCAGAAAUGUGGCUGUCAAGAAGCUCAUUGCUAUGGUUGAUGUUAGUGUUCAGGACUUGAAACAUCAGUUUGAGCAAGAAAUAAACAUAAUGGCAAAGUGUCAGCAUGAAAAUUUAGUAGAAUUACUUGGUUUCUCAAGUGAUGGUGCUCAGCCGUGUCUGGUGUAUGAAUACAUGCCCAACGGUUCAUUGCUUGACAGACUUGCGUGUUUGGAUGAYACUCCACCAAUUCCUUGGAAUAUGAGAUGUAAAAUUGUGCAAGGUACAGCAAAUGGCAUAAACUUUUUGCAUGAAAAUAAUCAUAUUCACAGAGAUAUUAAAAGUGCAAAUAUCUUAUUAACUGAUACAUAUGUGCCCAAAAUUUCUGACUUUGGCCUUGCAAGAGCAUCUGUAACAUUCACACAAACAGUCAUGACUGAAAGAAUUGUUGGAACAGCAGCCUAUAUGGCACCUGAAGCUCUGCGAGGAGAGAUAACACCUAAAUCUGAUAUCUUCAGUUUUGGAGUAGUCUUACUGGAAAUAAUAACAGGUCUUCCUCCAGUAGAUGAAAACCGGGAGCCACAGUUGCUGUUAAGUAUAAGAGAUGAAAUUGAGGAUGAGGAAGCAACUAUUGAGGAUUAUGUUGAUAAAAAGAUGAGUGACUGGGAUGUACCUUCAAUACAUAAAAUUUAUUCAAUUGCUGAUCGGUGUCUGACUGACAAAAAAAACAGAAGGCCAGACAUAAAGAUGGUCCAAAAGCACCUCCAAGAGAUAAAAACUUGAUAAUGUGUUUCUUCUGACAACAAAUGUUUCUGUAAUGGAAYAGACACCAGUACCAAAUAUGUAAUUAGUAUUUAGUGCAAUAUUAUCAUCUUUUCUGCUUUCCAGACUUUUCUGUACAAAGUGAGGUGAGCUGUUGGCCUGUCAGCAGCUCUUUCACAUAUCCUUAGCCACUGGGCUCUUAACACAAGAACACUCUUUCUGUAUUAACAAAUUGCAGUGCUGGUACAUCAUCUUAUCCCACAGCUUUUUAAAAGCAUUUCCAUAUUAGAAUUUAUUUUAGAUUCUUUUAAUUUACAAAUAUCAAGUCUGCCUGCUGCAAAGGCAUAUGACUGUAAUAGGGCAGAAUGUUUUUUCUUCAAAUUGAUCAGGUACUAGACCAUAGUCUAUUGAAGACAAAACCAUUUAAUUGCUAUAAAUAGUACUUAAGUUGUCUUUUUGGGAAAUGACAAUGGUGUUACUCAUUUAAAACAAGCUGCYACUUAGCAUUUUAGCUUGAGAGUUCCUAUUAGCAUGAAUGCCAGGUAGUGUUAGGGAAUGCGAUUAUUAUCAAAAAGCCUUAUGGGCAUUGGUUGUAGUCAAAUAAAUGCUGCAAGAUGAUUUUUAGGUGUUUUUUUUCCUUUCAAGGAUUCCUGAGCAAARUAAUUAUCUUGCUGUGCAGAUGCAUUUGCACUUCAAAUGCUUUUUACAGCAAACUCAAUGAUGACAAAUCAUUUAAUUUUUACUCAGAGGAAAACUCUUUGCUACUUUGACUAUUUUAAGAGAGGAUUGAGUAUUUUUAGUACUUUAGGAGAGGAUUCCAUAUGGAUUAUAAAUACAGAUGGUUACUUUUCUUAAAGGGGUCAGAAUAAUGAUGUUAAGACCAAUUCUGCAUUUUACUUAGUCAAAUAAUUAAGCUAUUUUAUAUAUAUAUGUAUGUAUGUAUAUUAACUAAAUACAGAACUGGACUUCUAAAAGUAUAACAUGGAAAGCUUUUUAAAAUAGAAACAUUAAAAGAUCAAAGCAGACUAAAAAUGGAAUGGAAGUGACUAGUAACAUUCCAGGUACCUUGCAGUAAGUAUGAACCAUUGUAAAUGAAGUUAUUUUCAUAUAAACUCAUUUUGCACCUCAUGAAUUUUCUUAAUAGCUUAGGGAUGGGAAAAUAGUCUGGCCUGCAGUUAAAUUUGAAGGUCUGUGAUUAUGUGUGACUUCAUUCAGGAAGAUAUUUCUUGUUGUGGAAAACAUGGGAUUUCUAAUUUACUGAUAUCAUUAAAUUUCUGGCUAUUAACUGAUUUUGUAUUGCCUUUUCAAACUGAUAGCUUAAUUUAGAAAAAAGGGUCUACCCAAUGGCUUCUAGCUUUAUUGAGUAUAAAUUGUAAAAACUUUAACAUACRUGAAAACUCUGCAUUGUUACUUCUUUCUGCUAUUAAAAUUUUGAGCCUUAGAAAUAAUUUUCUGUUAAUAACAUUAUGCUAAUCUCACUGCAUGGAAUAAAGCUGUGCAGCUCUGAAUUUGGGUUUGUGGAGAAAAAAGCUGCUAUAAAGGUAAAUCAGAAUAAAAUCUGCUAACAACAUUCUUCAGUUUUAAGCAUCUUCAACUGUUAUGUGAAGGUUUCUUAUUAGAUCACAUCUUGUUUUCCUAUUGCCUGGAGCUGAAAUACAUCCAUAAUGUUGUCCAGAAGUGUGUUUGCUGUAGUGACUCCCUGGUCAGUUCUGUUCACCCGUAGUGUGGUAGAACAUUUCUGUUCAUGCACCAACGGUGAUGCUUAAAUGUUCGGAGAAUCUCAGCUACAAGGAUGUGAGUUCCAUUUAGACCAUUAUUUGCUGUGCUGCUCUCGGCAGUGAGGUUUUGGCAGUAGUUUCCCCUUUUUCACUGAAAAUUAAGCCUGUUAGCUACUSUUUAAUACAAUUUAGGAAAAAGUUUUGAACUUCUUUAGUAUUAUUCCAGCAAGGAAUGAAAAAAUURUAUGAGGUGUUAAUUAGGUAAAAGUAGCUAACUUGUGGGAACUAUUUUUCUUUUAAUACACAGGGGGCAAGGAGAAGAAACUUCCCUUUCCCACCCCAGAUUUUUUAUUUAAGUCUUCAUAUGGUGAAGUCAGUAUCUACAGACACUAAGAGGGGAUAAGAGUAGCUACUUCAGUUUCCUUUGUUCCCUGCAAAAACAUUAAAUGAUGCUAGAAUGCAUUCUUUUUUGUGCUAAUUACUGUAAUAAGGCUUUCUAGGACAUAAAUCAAUAACUUGAGUCAUUUAAGGUAUUUAUAAUGGGAUUAUCCGAUUUCAURAAACUGCAGCUGAGAGAAAUAGAGUACGGUUCCUGUUGGGUGAGGAAAGCUCCACAUGGGACAAAGCUAGGGCUAAUCUGGCUCACCUCCAUCCUGUCUCAGCAGGGAAGAUGCUAUGGAGGGUAACAAGAUCACUGUCCUCAGUGCAAGAGCCAACCUUUUACACAUAAGGAUGUAGAGAACUGUGACAUAAAGCAGUUGAGUCACCCAGAGAAGGAUGGAUUAAUGAAAAAUAGCAAGAAUGAUUCACUGCAAUUCCAAGAUUUAGAAAGCAGUAACAUUAUGAAAGCAAAUCAUAGUGAUCCAAAGAAAAUUGCCUUUUUAAGAGAAUUUCAUAAAAGGGCAACAGUUCUCCCCUUAGCUACAGCAGGAGUAACRGAAUGUCUUUUACAAGCCAGAGCAGAGGUGUCUGCACAGCCCUGGGGCCAGGAUGAGCCAUGGGUGGCUGCUGAGGAACAAAAGCAAGAACAGGAUAUAUAUCUAGAGAUAACUGCACUGGAAUACAGUGGCUUUGUGCAGUUUGCAGCUCACUAACUUUGCAAAGGAUGAAGAUCUUCUGUAAGUUAUUAAGACUUUUGAGCCAAAACACCAGACACAGUAGUUUGUAUUACUGAAAUGGGAAAUACCUAAUUUUUUUAUUUGGGUGUUCCAGCUGGGAGUUUAUUUACCGAAAGGCAAAUUAAAUUGCUCCUGAUAUUCAUGGUUACAUAGAGGCCUAGCCUAUUCCCUCCUCUUACCUUGUUGCUGUUCUGUUACAGCUCAGACUGUAGAUAGCAUUUGGCAUUAAAAUUAUUCCCUGAAAUACUGUUCACAUCUUUAAAUUUUCYUAUUUCAACUGUGAAAUUGCUUCAUCACAAGUAUUUCCCCAUGGGAAUGUGUUGGCAGGACAAUUAAGAGAAAAGCCAAACCAGUAAAUGUUCYUUUCAGUUUCAAAUUUCAGGACAACAGGCGGUCUUCAAGCAAAUUAUUUUCAGUUUAGACAAAAAGUCAUUAAUGGAACAACACAACUUGAGCAGUUUUAUUGUAGUUCAUGCUGAGCAAGUAAGAUAGAACUGUUUAAUCACCAGUCAACUGCUUCUGUGUUUUAAAAGGAUAGAAGAAUUUUUUGAUGGGGUUUAGUACUGGAAGCACAAAAAGCUCAAGGGAAGAACGCCCUUGGUGGUGCUUCCAUAAGGCAACAGGAAAGUAGCUGUUUCUAACAYAGUGAUUUUUCUCUAGUAGCAUAAGCCAGGAAUUCUGUUUCUGCUCAUCUCCCUCCUUAUACCCUGCAAUUACUUUCUAGUCUCAUGAGAACUUCCUGUUACACAUUCUGAUGUUAGACUAUAGAUCUUUGUUAGAGACUAUGAAAUGAUUCAGACAACACCAAGCUAAAGCAUCAAUCUUUAUUUAUAAAGCAAAUUACAAAAUAGAUAAGGUAAACUUAAUUUUAGCAUCUGAAGUUGUCUUUCAUUGAAUACAUAGACACAGUAAAUCAAAAUUUUUUUUAUCAAUGUGUUUAUCUUAGCAACAGAGCAAUUAUUACCUUGAUUAAUUUAACUUUUGAUAGGAGUGUUUUAAAAGAUGAAAAUCUCCCUACCUUGCAACAUAAACAUUUAUUAAAUAAUUACCUGUCCUAUUAAUUAACUGUUUAAUAGCUUGUGAGUUAACUACAAGCAGCUGCAUUGCUUUUGGGCUUUACAAAGGCCAACAACAAUUUGAUUGGACACUUUCAAUUAUUUAAUGACCAGAGACAGUUAAAGGAGCAACUCUGAUUAAUGCCCACAUUUUGUGCUGGCUCUGAACAUUCAUGAACAGAAGUAGAGGCAACUAUGUAGAUGUAAAUGUGAUAGGUCUUACAAAAAGAACUGAUACUUCUUAUUGCUAUCAGGAGAAUAGCUGUAAGAUGCCUGAAGAGCCAGCCAGCAGUGCAAGACUUCAUACAAUUCUCAUUUUGGGAAAGGUGAGG